AAUCUGGAAGUUCUUUGUUCAUUAGUUUUUUUUUUAGUGUCAGUAUUUUUUUGGUUUUAAAAUUUUUUUCAUAUCACUACACUCUCUUUACUCUGUUAAUUAAUACGAAUUUUAAAAAUAUCCAUUUUGCGACUAACUACCUAUUAAAAAAAUGGCAGACUUGUCCUAUGUAUUACCUUUGCUGUUACUACUGACUGCCAUAUUGACUCACUUUUGCUUGCAUAGAGUUGAUGAAGGACAUGUAGCCGUAUAUUAUAGGGGUGGAGCGUUAUUGUCUCAAAUAAGUUAUCCUGGUUACCACAUCAUGAUGCCCUUUCUAACAACAUUUCGGUCCGUACAAGUUACACUUCAAACAGAUGAAGUAAAAAAUGUUCCUUGUGGCACAAGUGGCGGUGUUAUGAUUUAUUUUGAUAGAAUUGAAGUGGUCAAUAUUCUAGAUGCUUCUAGUGUGUUUGAUAUUGUUAAGAACUAUACAGCUGAUUACGACAAAACAUUAAUAUUUAAUAAAGUACAUCAUGAACUUAAUCAGUUCUGCAGUGUUCAUAAUUUACAUGAAGUAUACAUAGAUCUAUUUGAUCAGAUAGAUGAAAAUCUUAAAGUCGCAUUGCAAAAAGAUUUAACAGAAAUGGCUCCUGGACUAAAAGUACAUGCUGUACGUGUUACAAAACCUAAAAUACCAGAGACAAUACGCAAAAACUAUGAAAUCAUGGAAGCAGAAAAAACUAAAUUACUUAUUGCUGAACAAAGACAAAAAGUCAUUGAAAAAGAAGCAGAAACAGAACGUAAACGUGCCAUUAUAGAAGCUGAAAAACAAUCACAAGUUUCAAAAAUUGAAUUUGAACAGAAAAUUAUGGAAAAAGAAUCUAUUAAACAGAUAUCUGUUAUAGAAGAUACAAUUCAUUUGGAUAAAGAAAAGAGCGCAGCUGAUGCGGAAUUUUACCGUAUUAAAAUGCAAGCAGAUUCUAACAAGUUAUUAUUAACUAAAGAAUAUUUAGAAAUGAAACGCAUAGAAUCUUUAGGAAACAAUACAAAACUUUAUUAUGGACCAGAUCUCCCAAAAAUUUUCAUGCAUCAAAAUAUUCCAUUAUAAAAAUUAUCAAUUCAAGUUGAACUGCAUUUUUGAUUAUAUAAAUAUUUAUUAAUUAAUUGUAAGAACUGAUAAGAUAUCUUAAAAGUUCAGCGUAAAAUUGUUACUAGUCAAUUUCCUGUUUAAAAAUAGUUUCAUCUAAUUUAAUGAAAAGUAAAUAAACCAAAUGUAUAAUUAUUAA